AUGUCUCAAAGAAAGGUGUGCCCGUAUUUCCAGAAUGGCAAUUGCCGCUACGGAAACCGAUGUCACAAUCUUCACAUCAAAAAUGGACAUGAGGAUUUGAAGAGUUUCACAUCUGCCUCCUCCUUACAGGCCAAAACAGAGGAUAUAAGAAAGAAUAUCGAUGCCAUACUGCCUGAUGUUCGCAAUGGCGCAAUAUUGACUGCUUUCAGUUUGCCUCCGCCCGCUAAUGUAAACAUCAUAAGUGGAAGAGACAUGUCAUAUGAGGAGCUACGGCUUCACUACUAUCAAAACCCAGAUACAGCCAUCCGUGAAUAUAAUAGUCGAAAACAAGACAUGCUCAAAUGCUUAGAAUCUGUGCGAAAAGAUGCCCAAAAGGCUGCUCGGUAUUUGCAAUUAGCAGCAGAGAAGAAUCCAGCAGACGUCAAACCGUUCAUCAAUUUCUCUAUCAAUACGAACACUGUCCCGUCUUCAUCAUCAUCCUUGCCGUUUGGAAAUCGAAAUUCGUCGCCUUUCAAUCAGCAGAGUUCCUCUUUCGGCUCCACUAAAAACCCUUUUGGGGGCCCCGCAGCGCAACCCAAUCCAUUUGGUGCGGCAGCGACAACAAUCUCCAACCCAUUUGCAUCGUCCGGCACACCUGCUUUUGGAAGUGCAGGUUUUGGGUCCAAGCCCAAUCCCUUCGGAUCACAAGCCAACACAAACAGCGUAUCUAGUCCAUUUGGCAGCUCAUCAGGAGUCUCCUCGGGUUUUGGCAGAACAGGUUUUGGGCAACCCACGGCAGCUUUGGCAGGUGCCAAACCCAAUCCAUUUGGAGCCCAAUCCAGUACAUCCACUAACACUGUCAGUCCCUUUGGCGCAAUCUCUGGCAACACAAUGAAUUCAGGUACGGCGUCAUUUCCUAAUGGAGCUGCCACGGCUGCUUCUUCGUCCUCUACAGGUCCUUUUGGUGGCCAAAAUAUGGCUUCUAGUCCUUUUGGGGGCCAAACCAAUACGGUUCAGCCCAGUCCUUUUGGAGCAGGAUUACAGUCCACUACGGCCAACGCUGGUCCUUUUGGAAACCCGCAGGCGUCUUCUGCCUUUGGAAAAAGCGGGUUCGGCGCAUUUGGGGCUCAAAAAGCCAGUCCUUUUGCGCAGCCUACCGCUACUGCUAAACCUUUUGGCCAGGCUACGGCUAGCAAUGCCAGCAAUUCGUCGCCUUUUGGUAAUUCAUCAUCUACGCCUUUUGGACAAGCUCAGAACUCGCCUUUCGGACAACCAAAUGCAUCUUCCUUCGGACAAACUACAAACCCUACCCCUACCGCUUUCAAACAGUCUGGAAUAGAAGAGCCAAAGACCAAACUCGAAGACUUGUCGGAAUCUAUUAUUAAUGAGUUCAAGGCCGAGCGUUUUACUUUGGGACAGGUCCCGGACGUUCCUCCUCCACUGGAGAUGUGCUAA